UGCCCCCCACCCCAGAGCCGCCAUGUGGCCCCUGGCCGCUGCCAUCGCCUCCCUGACCGUGGCCUUGUCAGGAGGCAUCUCCCGGGAGUCGCCCAAGAUCCUCAACAGCACCAACGGGACCAGUGGGUUUCUCCCCGGGGGCUACACCUGCCUCCCCCACUCCCAGCCCUGGCAGGCUGCCCUGCUCGUGCGAGGACGGCUGCUCUGCGGGGGAGUCCUGGUCCACCCCCGAUGGGUGCUCACGGCAGCACACUGCCGGAAAGAUGGGUACAGAGUUCACCUGGGCAAGCACGCCUUAGGGCGCGUGGAGACCGGCCAGCAGGUGCGGGAGGUGGUCCGCUCUGUCCCCCAUCCUGAAUACCUGGUCAGCCCCACCCACCUGAACCAUGACCACGACAUCAUGCUGCUGGAGCUACAGUCCGAGGUCCAGCUCACCGACCACAUCCGCACCUUGCCCCUUUCCCAAGUCGACUGCCUGCCCCCUGGCACCUGCUGCCGGGUGUCCGGCUGGGGCACCACCACCAGCCCCCAGGUGAGCUACCCCCAAACCCUACAGUGCGCCAACAUCCAGCUGCGCUCGGAUGAGGAGUGUCACCAGGUCUACCCAGGGAAGAUCACGGCCAACAUGCUGUGCGCCGGCACCCCAGAGGGCGGGAAGGACUCCUGUGAGGGCGACUCCGGGGGUCCCCUGGUCUGCAACCACACGCUCCACGGCAUCAUCUCCUGGGGAGACUUCCCCUGCGGACAGCCCAACCGGCCUGGCGUCUACACCCGCGUCUCCAAGUACGUCCAGUGGAUCCGUGAAACAAUCGGGGAACCCAGAAGCCAGGAGCAGAAGGGGACCAAGGGCGCUCAGUAGCCGCUGGACGGAGCUACCUGUCCUCCUCCCGCCACGCCCCCCACCUUGCUCAGCCCACCUCUGUCCCUUCUGCCCGGAGUGCGGCAUCUGAACCACUGGUCCCUGUUCUCAAAAUGUACCUGAAGGGCCAGGUUUCAGGACCCCUCAACGGCCAGCCAUGCGGCCUCCCAGAUACUGCACCCCGGACAGACUCUAAUGACUCGCACUGGGAUAGCACCCCGGGUCUCCCAGGUCACUGAGGCCCCCAGGUGGACCCCUGUGCGCUCUGCCUGCGGCAACAUCUGUAAAUCCCUCCGCCCGCGAACAGACCCCCUUGACCCGCCCUUGACCCUAGAGUGUUCACUCAGUGCCAGGGCAGCAGGUCCCGCCGCCCCACACUCAAGGAGGUGCCGACUCCCACGAGAUUUCUUCCUGAAAAUCCCUUCUGCCCAGAAUCUUCAUCCCUGACAACACUCUGGGCGCCCCUGAGUGGCUCGUCCAGCUAACUCGGGAUCCUCAGAAUGGUCACUCACCUGCCCUGGGCCUCACAGACGUCCUAACCCGACCCCCCCCCACCUCCGUUCUGAAUGCCCGCCCAUGCCAACGUCCCCUCUCUCUGAAUCCCUGUCCCCACUAAGGAUCAAUGGCACACCAACCUCCACAGUGAUGGGUUCAGUAUCCCCAAGGGCCAGUGUGCUGGGCCACCGAGUUUUCUGUCCUGCAUCUCUGUCUUGAGUUUCCCCCGAGAACAUCUGUGGUCAAUGUC